AUGUGCCACAUGACUGGUCUGGAAUUACUAGUCUACUAUCGUCCCAUGAACUUUACGGAUCAUUGCUUUAAAAUUCCCGCUAAAGUGAAUAUUGGAAUGGCUCCAUGUAGUAAUUCGAUGUGUGUUACGGUAAUUGAGCCGAGGAUAUUGGCAGGGCAACAUAUCGGUAACAAUAUUAUACGUGGAUGCUUUGCCAGUGUGUUCAAGUACGGUACGACACCUCGUGCUCAAAGUUCAAUUCUUGGUCAUUUGCGGGAUGUAGACAAAGCUGUGGUGGAUGUCAGAGAGUCGAUCCGUCGUCCAUAUUUCUUCGAUGCCGCCACUGCUAAAGUCAUUCGUCAUGUCUCGGAAAAGUCGCAUGUGGCUCGUCUUUUCGACUUGACUGGAUGCUCUAGAUGA